GUCACCUCUGUUUGGGUCGGGGCUGUUGCAUUGUGGGUGUUGUAGUCCUGAAGGCUUUUCCCUGUGCUGGAGCUGAGGUGAGCGCGCUGGAAGCCCGGCUUUUAUUCCCCUCUGAGGUUCACUAUAUCGGCGUGUGACAGAGAAUACCUGGAGUAGCCAUGGAGGCUCCCCCUGUGACCACCAUGCCUGUAUCAGGAGGAGCCAUUAACAUGAUGGAGUAUCUGCUGCAAGGCAGCAUACUGGACCAAGGACUGGAGAGCCUCCUUCACCGCUUACGUGGACUAUGCGACAACAUGGAACCUGAGACGUUUGCUGAUCAUGAAAGUGUGUAUUUGCUAAAAGGCCAGCAAGCCAGCCCCUUUGUACUUCGUGCCCGUCGACCACUUGACCGGCCAGGAGCACCAUGGCACCUUCGUUAUCUUGGCCAGCCAGAGGCAGGAGACAGAAGCCGGCAUGCGUUGGUUAGGAAUUGUGUUGAUAUUGCUACCUCAGAAGUCUUACCUGAAUUUCUUCAAGAGAUGGGCUUUCGGAUGGACCAUGAGUUUAUAGCAAGAGGACACUUGUUCCGCAAGGGAGUUAUGAAAAUCGCAGUCUACAAGGUGUUUCGUGUUUUGGUGUCGGGAACAGCUGAAAGUACAGAGCCCCUGUCACUUUCAUAUUUGGUAGAGCUCAGCGUAGUGGCACCUGCUGGCCAGGACAGUGUAGCUGAUGAAGUCCGAAGUUUUGCCGAACAGCUUAGACCACUGGUGCAGCUGGAAAAAAUAGACCCAAAGCGUCUGAUGUAAAAAGAGGUAUAUCUCACUGAUACAUGAAGGAGCUCUAAAGCCACCAUCAUACAGUGCAGGUUGUUUUGGGACAUCUUAUUACUGCCAAUAGUCUCCAGUUAAAGAGUUUCUGCAGACUGCUAUACUUAAGAUUUGAAAAGUACUCGUCCACUUUUCCAGUAUUUGUU